AUAGAGCUAUAUGACUAGUGGACACUUUUUUUUUUAAACUUUACCUAGCCUAAGCAAAUGGUGUCUGUUACAACCCCAGACACAAAAGUAUAAAAGCCAGGCCCAUGGGUGCUUGGGUAGUCGUCAUACAUCUGUGGAACAGUUGCCAGCGCAGCGCAAAGAUAAAUCAAAAUGGCAUUUGCUGGAAUUCUCAAGGACGAGGAUGUGGCUGCAGCUCUUAAGGAUUGCUCUGCUGCCGACUCCUUCAACUACAAGAACUUCUUUGCCAAGGUUGGCCUGAGCGCAAAGACUUCUGAUGACAUCAAGAAAGCCUUCUUUGUCAUCGACCAGGACAAGAGUGGCUUCAUUGAGGAGGAUGAGCUGAAACUGUUCCUGCAGAACUUCUCCGCUGGUGCCAGGGCACUCACUGAUGCUGAGACCAAGGCCUUCCUCUCAGCUGGUGACAGCGAUGGUGACGGCAAAAUCGGAGUUGAUGAGUUUGCUUUGCUUGUAAAGGCCUAAGCCUUCAUGGACCUUUGUCUUUGGAACCAGAGCUCUGCUAACCUAUCAUCUUUUUUAUAUUUAUUUAUGAAUGCCCUGCAAACUCCUUACAAAGAACGCACGUUCAAUGUCUUGAAAAGCUAUUUAUUAUUAAUGUUGUUUCAUUGCAUUGUAUUGUUCUGUAAAAAAAAUUAUCCUUCUUUGUGCAAACUUAAGAUCUCUUUUGCACUUUAAGGAAAUAAAAAUCCAUUCGAUUUAAAACAA